UAAAUACAAAACAAAAUGGCAGAAGGGAAUUCCGAUGAUGGGUCUUGGUGGGGAGGAUGGAUACAAAGUGCAAAAGAAAAGUCCCAAGCAGCAGUGGACUUUGUGAAGAAGGAUCUUGUUGAAUUUGGACAAGUCACAAUCGAAGACACCGAGGUCUUGGUGAAAGAGAAGCUUACUCAAGAGAAUGCCAAAGUGGCUGGAUCACGUGUGAAGGAGGGCUUUACCAAAGUGCUGGGUGGCAUAUCUAAGGCUCUGGUCAUUGAGCCAGACGAUGCUGGUCAAGCUAUUAAGGUGGUUGUUCCAGACCAUCAAGUCUAUAGCAGAGCUAAGGCAAGACUCCAUGCCAUUCAGGUUGACCCAGAUACAUACUGCAUUGAUCCUGAUGGACAAAGGGCACAGUAUCAAGAAUGGAAGGAAACAUUUGUGCUUGAUGCUAACAAGGGCACCAUUUCAGAGUUGCUUGUUACUAAGACUGAGAUCAGGUCCCUCUACACACAGUUGGUUCCAUCCACUGUGUCCCACAAGGACUUCUGGCAUCGAUACUUUUACAAGGUUCAACAGUUCGAGAAAGAUGAGGCACGUAAAAAGGAACUGGUAAAGAGAGCUGAUGAUGUAGAGACUGACCUGGGUUGGGAUGAUGAGGAUGAUUGGGCAGAUCUUGCUGAUGGUUCCCCUGAGCACUCUCCCACAAGGAUUAACCACAGGGAGCAUUCUCCCCUAGAGUUGGGUGGAGUUGGCACUGUAACUAAUACACAUUCUGUGAAAGAGAAUGAGGGUAUGAACAUUGAUGAAAUAACAAAAGUGAAAGUUGCAGUACCUCUAAAUAUGGACGAGAGUGACUCAGUUGAUCUGAUUGUCCCCUCAUCAUCUGAAAACUCAGAACACAUUGGACCAAAAAUUGAUAAAAGUGACAUUGAAAAUGAACCAGAAAAAAUUCCAGAAAUUACUUCAGCCAAACAAUCAGUUGACACUAAAUCUAUUUUGAAAAUAGACACAGAGAAUAAAGCUGAAAUAUCAGAACUAGUGCAAUGCUCAUCCAAGACAAAUGAUGUACCAAACAAAAGCGAACCAACUGACAACAUUAAGCCUGUUGGGGCAAGCCAAGGAGAAAAUGCAAAGGGUGAUAUCACUGUUGAAGUGAAUAAGGAUAACAUUAAGGAUGUGCAAACAACUGCAGAUCUUCCUGUGGAGCCCCCUUCUGAAAGAGUCGAAGAGGUGGACAAAAAGAGGCCUAUAGAAGAGCCUCUUACAGUUGCUGUUGACCAGCUGAAGAUGAAAGAUAAAGGAGAUAUGAUUGUUGUGACAGAUGGUGAGACACCAUUGUCUGAUGGCAGCAAUGGGACCAGUAGCAGUAGCAAUAAAGAGUCCUCUAGUGUUGACGAGGAUUGGGAGAAAGAUUUUGAUAUUGAGCUGACAGAAGAGGAACUGAAACUGGCUUCAGAGGCAGCUAAGAAAAUGAGUCUUGGAAAGAUGGAAGAUGUGGCAGAUGAAGAGGAAGAUGACUGGGAGAGCUGGGACUAGACAUUAGAGACAUCUAUAAGCGUAUAUAUUUCAUUCUGGGAUGACAUCUAUAGAUGGUUGUAUAGACUUAUUUAAUAGAACUGACUUCUACCAAUGUUGUAUGGACUAACAUCUUGCAGAAACAUGUGUACUUAUAUAUCAGUUAUGUACACAUAUUCAACAUACAAAUGACAAGACAUAUUUGGGACAACUGUGGUGGUGAUGUGUACUGGAAUAUUGGAUUGUAACAAUACAAUUUGAGUUAUUUAUACAACAUAAGUUAUUUAAAUAUAUUGAUAAACCAUUACACUGUAUACAGCAAGCAAAAUCAUGGGAGUUGUAAUCAGCUUACAAUUGGGUUCCUUAAAUGAGAUAUUUUUCCUUACAUAUAUUUUAUAGUUCAGUUGUCAUUAGUAUACCUGUACUUUAUUUGUGGAAUAUUAUACAAUUAAAUGGUGGAAGGAAUGAAAAUAUAUUUGAAUGGUGAUUAAAAGUUAUGUGCUGUUUAAUUGAGAAACAUCCAUAGUUAUUGACAGUUAUGC